AUGUACUUUGUCCCAUCGGUGGGUUACUUGUGGUGUCUCACCAGCGAAAGUACAUCACCGUUAGAAGUCUGUAAACAGGCGAUUAUGGCUUCUCUUCUUUGGGUUGUCGAGAAGCUUCGCUUUCAAGAGUCCGCGUUAGUAAACGCAUUGAUUAAAAACACCGGAUACGAGUAG